CAUCCAACCUUCAGCAGUUUAGAUGAAAAGAGCAGUGUUUUACAGAAGGCUCUCAGUUUAGAGUAUGCUUUAAAUAACCUCUCCAUAGAGGAUGGUAGCAAUCCACAUUCCAGGAAGAAACGUUUUCUUUCCUAUCCAAGAUAUGUAGAAGUGAUGGUCACAGCUGACACCAAAAUGGUUCAUCACCACGGGCAGAAUUUACAGCACUAUGUUCUAACGUUGAUGUCAAUAGUUGCAGGAAUCUAUAAAGAUUCAACUAUUGGAAAUCUUAUUAAUAUAGUUAUUGUAAAAUUAAUUGUAAUUCACAAUGAACAGGAAGGACCAGCUAUCACUUUUAAUGCAGCUACCACUCUGCGUAAUUUUUGCUUAUGGCAGCAAGCACAAAAUACUUUGGAUGAUACUCACCCUUCUCAUCACGAUACUGCUGUUCUCAUCACUAGGGAAGAUAUCUGCAGAGCUAGAGAGAAGUGCGAUACUCUUGGUUUAGCAGAGCUGGGUACAAUGUGUGACCCACUACGCAGUUGUUCUGUAAGUGAAGAAAAUGGGUUGAGUGCUGCUUUUACUAUAGCACAUGAGCUGGGACAUGUGUUUAAUGUGCCUCAUGAUGAUAGUUUUAAAUGUAAAGAAGCUGGAAUUAAACACCAAUAUCAUGUGAUGGCUCCAACUUUAAAUUAUCAUACAAGUCCAUGGACCUGGUCAAAAUGCAGUCAAAAAUACAUUACUGAAUUUCUUGAUACUGGUUAUGGUGAAUGCCUCCUAGACAAACCUAGUGGAGGAACAUAUGAUCUCUCCUCUCAGCUGCCUGGGUCAAUGUAUGAUGUCAACAAGCAGUGUGAGCUUACUUUUGGUAUUGGGUCACAAGUAUGCCCUUACCUGAAACAAUGCAAACGCUUAUGGUGCACAAGCACAGAAGGUGUUGACAAGGGUUGUCGUACUCAGCACAUGCCUUUGGCUGAUGGGACAGUUUGUGGUAUAGGAAUGCACUGCCGCCAUGGAAUUUGUGUGAGUAGAGAAAUGGAGCUGCGCCCUGUAGAUGGAGAAUGGGGACCAUGGGGACCUUAUAGCUCGUGCUCAAGAACUUGUGGAGGUGGAAUCAAGAGCACCACCAGGCUGUGUAAUAGACCAGAGCCAAGAAAUGAAGGAAAGUACUGUGUUGGUCGCAGGAUGAAAUUUCGGUCAUGUAAUACUGAUUCAUGUCCAAAAGGCAAAAAAGAUUUCCGGGAGCAACAGUGCUCUGAAUUUGAUGGCAAACACUUUAAUAUCAAUGGUCUUACCUCUGCUGUUCGCUGGCUUCCAAAAUACAGUGGUAUUUCUAUGAAAGAUCGCUGUAAACUUUUUUGCCGAGUUUCUGGAACAACUUCCUACUAUCAGCUGAAGGACAGAGUUGCUGAUGGUACUCCCUGUGGAGCAGAAACCAAUGACCUUUGUGUUCAAGGCUUAUGCAGGCAAGCAGGCUGUGAUCACGUUUUGAAUUCAAAGGCAAGGAGAGACAAAUGUGGAAUCUGUGGUGGUGAUAAUUCUUCAUGUAAGACUCGUGCAGGUACUUUCAACAGUGCUCAUUAUGGUUACAAUGUUGUAGUAAAUAUUCCCAAAGGAGCAACAAACAUUGAUAUUCAACAGCACAGCUACUCAGGGAAACCAGAAGAUGACAACUACCUUGCUUUAUCUGAUGCCCAUGGAAAUUUUAUCUUGAAUGGAAAUUUUGUUGUAAGCAUGUCAAAAAGAGAAAUCAAUAUACAAGGAGCCAUUUUUGAGUACAGUGGUUCAAACAAUACAAUAGAACGAAUUAACAGCACUGAUAAAGUUGAAGAAGAACUAACCUUACAGGUUUUGUGUGUAGGGAAUUUAUACAACCCUGAUGUGCGUUAUUCAUUCAAUGUCCCAAUAGAAGAUGGAAGUGAUCUGUUUACAUGGGAUCCUUAUGGACCCUGGCAAGACUGCAGCAGGAUGUGCCAAGGUAUUCGAAGAAGAAGAAUGACAUGUGUACGUAAAAGUGAUCAUGUGGUAGUGUCUGAUCAAAGAUGUGAACUUAUACCCACUGUACCAAGUAUCUUUGAGGAGUGUAAUACAGACUGUGAAUUAAGGUGGCAUAGUGUUGGCAAAAGUGACUGUACAUCGAAGUGUGGUCCAGGACAUCGAUCUGUUGAGAUCCACUGCAUGAAAUACUCUAUUGCAAGAGGACUCAGCGCUCCAGUGGAUGAUAAGUACUGUGCAGAUCAGCAGAAACCACCAGCCAGAGAGCCUUGCCAUGGUGACUGUAUGUUAAGAAGUUGGCACUACACAGAAUGGUCAGAGUGUUCCAGGAGCUGUGCAAGAGGUGUCAGAAGCAGAGAAGCUUUUUGUAUGAACAACCUGGGACGUCAUCUUCCUGAUAGAGAAUGCCAGGAACUUCCAAGAGUUGUAACAGAGAGUUGCAAUGAAUUCUUAUGUCCAAGCUGGUUGGUUACUGACUGGAGUGAGUGUCCUGUGACAUGUGGUAAAGGAAUGAAGCAUCGUCAAGUCUGGUGCCAGCUUAAUGAUGGACAACUGAGAGAUGAUUUCUGUAACCCAAAUGACAGACCAGAGUCAGUAACACCGUGUGAACUUCGUGAAUGUGCAUCUUGGCAAGUAGGGCCUUGGGGAUCAUGUGCUGUAACAUGUGGACGCGGAUACCAGGUGCGCGCAGUCAAAUGUGUUACUGGGAUGUAUCGUGUUAUUCUGCACGACGACAGGGAGUGCAGUGCUGCCACUCGUCCUAGAGACAGUCAAGAAUGUGAAUUGCCCCCUUGUCCAGAAAAUACAAAAUUAUGGACUACUUCACUUCCUCUAGUUCACGUGGGGAAGGUGACCCAAUGGAGAUAUGGAUCAUGGACCCCAUGCUCUGCAUCCUGUGGGAAGGGCGAUCGUGCUCGCUAUGUGAGCUGUAGAGAUGCUCAUGGAGAGAUAGCAGAUGAAUCUUUGUGUGCUCAUUUACCACGGCCAGCUGAAAUUUCAAGCUGCUUUAGCCCAUGUGGAGAGUGGAAAGUUGGAAAUUGGUCCCCUUGCACAGUUACGUGUGACAGUGGAACAGUAACAAGACAAGUCAUCUGUGUCAGUUAUCAUCAGCAAAUCAAUGAGAAUUACUGUGAUCCUGAAGACCAACCUCCUAAGGAACAAGAAUGUAACAUGCCACCCUGUCCACCAGUUUAUCAUCAUGUUCCAAAAAUACAUGACCAUCCAGGCCAUUUUCCAGAAAUAGGUUACCUCCCAAUACACCCUCCACAAGACAAUUUAAACCAAUGGAACCAUCCUUCUGUGGGAGGAUAUCAAUGGAGAACUGGACCCUGGGGAGCAUGCUCUAGUACUUGUGCAGGUGGAUUUCACCGCCGAGUGGUAGUAUGUCAAGAUGAGGAAGGAAGAAGUGCCAGUAACUGUGAUGAGGCAACAAAACCUUCAGAGUCGAAACACUGUGAUUCUGGACCCUGCCCACAGUGGAACUUUGGGAACUGGGGAGAAUGUACUCAGACUUGUGGAGAUGGAAUAAAGACAAGACUGGUGAUUUGCCAGCUUCCCACUGGCCAAAUGUUGGGUGAUCAAAACUGUGAAAUUCUAGACAAGCCACCUAACAUGGCACAAUGUAAUGUGCAUUCUUGCCCUGGUGAUGUUUCUUGGCAUCGGGGACCAUGGAAAUCGUGUUCUGUUUCCUGUGGAAAAGGUUUGAAGUUUCGUGAUGUGCAUUGCAUUAACAGCUUCCAAGCAAAAAUAGAAGAAGACAACUGCAAACAUUUGAAAAAACCACGAAUAUACAAAAUAUGUAGAGCUGGAAGAUGUCCUUCUUGGAAGGCCAGCAGAUGGAAAGAGUGCUCCGUAUCCUGUGGAGUGGGGACUCAGCAGAGGGACAUUUUCUGUCGGGUGCCAGGCGUGGGGCGGGUGAGCGAUGCACUGUGCAGCCGCGCCCUGCGCCCCGCCAGCGCGAGGCAGUGCCAGCAGCGCCCCUGCCCUCUGCACCGCUGGCUGGCUCGUGCAUGGGAGAAGUGCUCAGCAUCAUCUAGAAGAAAGGAAAUAUACCGGAAAGUAAAAUGUGUGAAUGAAAACCAUCUCCAAGUGGAUGAAAGCUUCUGUGAUCCUGCUACAAAGCCUCCAUCUUCCAAAACCUGCAGAGUAUCUCCCUCUAAAUAUGUUGUGCUUACAGGAGAACUGUCACAGUGCUCAGAGAGCUGUGGGCUUGGUUACCAGCAGAGGAUCCCGUACUGUGUUGCAAUCCACUCUGUCCAAAGUCAGCACAUCCAUGGCCUUCGGACUGUAGCGUACCGAGAAUGCCCAGUGGAGCCGUCCCCGUACAUUUAUAAAUGCAAUGUCAAAGGAUGUUCACAAGCAGCGAUGUGGACAGUGGGGAAGUGGACCAAAUGCUCAGCAUCUUGUGGAGUGGGGAUAAAGCAGAGAACAGUGGAGUGUAUGACUGAAAAUGGCUUAUCUAGUGACUUGUGCCUGCCACAUUUAAAACCAGAUGCCAGAAAGAUCUGCCAUGAGAAAGAAUGUGAAACUCCUACCACCUGCAAAGAUAUGCAGAUUAAAAAAGGAAUUAAAAAGGAUGGUGAAUACCUACUUAAUGUUAAGGGAAGGAUGAUAAAGAUUUAUUGCUCAGGCAUGCACUUAGAAAAUCCCAAAGAAUAUUUGACACUGGUAAAAGGUGAAGCAGAAAACUUUUCUGAAGUAUAUGGAUACAGGUACAGAAGUGGUUUUGUAAAUAUAUGAAGUGCACUUAUUCCUUCCAAAAUAAAAUAAUAAAAUAAUACUUACUUUUUUGUGAGAAGUAUGAGUAGGAUUUUUUUCCCCUUGAUUUUCUGUUUUAAAUAUC